CGAAAUUUGUAUACAGGUCGUUGUUUAUUAUAAAAGCUACACUGGCUGUAUAUUUGUGCGGGAAAUAUCUGUCUAACCACGAAGAUCGUGCGUUUGUGGAAUAUGUUGUUGAAGACAUUGAAUUCUUCACUGGCGAAGCUAAGCCUAACGAAGAAUAUAAACGCGUUCAACUUCCAGAUUGUAAGACAACCAAGAAACAUAAAAGAAGUGGAUCUCCAAAUGACAAUUGCCAGUAUACAGUCUUGACUUUUGUUGACUCCAGACGAAACAGUGUCCUGGUAUUUCCUCCAUUACCAAAAAGAUUUCGUUAUUUGACACACAAGAUUGUAGAAGAAGAGUUUUCUUACCUGCAGAGUUUUUCGAUAGGAGACGAGGAAAAACGGCGAACGGUGGUGUGUAGUGGUGAAAUACCUCUACAUGAUCUAGAUGAACAACCGUUGGAGCUAUCUGCCAUGGCAGAACAGACAUCAACUGAAUCAAGUACCGUGGAUGCCAUGAGAGCCAAGAGUGGAAACAAGGAGAGUGUUGAUGUGGAUGCCAUGAGAGCCAAGAGCGGAAACAAGGACAGUGUUGAUUGUAAAGCGAAAGUUCGUAAUCGCCGUCCAGACAAGCAGUUGUAUAUUCCCCGUGCCCGACGUCUUAUGGAAACAAGACCAUCUCCAUCUGGCAGACAAAACCCGGCUACUUUAUCCACUCCUCGUCUAACUUCAAGAGUUGAGAAAAUUACCAGUGAAGUAGAAAAUAAAGAAGAGUGUUUAAAAAACUCGAGCAGUCUUGUAACACCCGAUAGUCCUCCUUGUUGUAGAGCUUUGAACGUAACCAAAAGUCUUAUCAGUGUAUCAGAUAAGAAUGUUACUGAGGAUAUGAAACUUUGUCUAAGAUCUGUUAAUCAGACUGAUGUUGCAUCAGGAACUUUACAUUUCAAUUUACCUGAUAAAGAAGAUUUAAGUAAAAGUAAUCUGUUUCAUCCUCCUUUUGUAAAACAGCAUGAUGACAAAUUAAUUGGGACAGUUUACCCAAGCAUACACUCAGCUGACUCAGGUAAUUGUGUAAACUCUGUUCUGACAGACUGCCUUUCUUCAAGUGAUCAUAAAACUAGCAGUGUUAAAGCCAAACCUCAAUCUUGUAUUAACGAUACAGAAACUGUUGUUUCGAACACUUGUUCUUUAGUUAGCGGCUUGGACUGCGGUGUUACGGGCGGUGAUACUGUUGAGUCUUCGCCACAAACUGGUGUAAUAGUUAUUGGCUGUUAUACAGCAACCUGCCGAACAUCUGGAGAUGGUGACACCGGUAUUGAAUCCUUCCCUAACAGUAGUGUUGGGAGUACAUUCACUACCAGUGUCUUCAGCCAAUCGUGUCGUGUUAGCGUUAGAAAUGGUGAUGACAGUGAUUGGCCUUCUUCUACCCGUGAUAUUGACGGACGAUUAAGUAUGCCGUUAAUAAAUAUUGGAGCAAUAACUAAUCAAUCUAACAAAAAGUUGACAAGAAAUGAACUUCCGUUGACUAGUCCGAUCGAAGGAGAAACGACAGUAUUUGGAAAAAAAGAAACUUGUGGUGAAAAAGAUCAUAUCUGUUCAAACUUGGAUGAAUGUGGAAAGCCAAAGAGGGAAACAGAAUGGAAACUGGAAAAUAUUCAGUUAAGCAAAAGUAGAACUUUUCUUGAAAAUGCUGAGGACAUGAAAAAUAUGACGAUAACUAAUGAAGAGAUUAGAGGGAGUGCGCUUGAGAUGUACGGCACACAGUCCCAAGAGAUACAGCAUGAUGAUUUGUGGAAAUGCGAAGAGAAUUUGGAAGAAAAUGUUUCACAAAGUGUAGACAGAGUGAUUCAAAACACAGAUGAACUGACCAGUGAUCAGCAAAACGCGCUAGAACUUAUGCCUUGUACGAAUUUACGAAAGGAACAGUCAGAACAGGUUGUAGACGGAAGUCUUCCUGAAGAUCUAGUUAGCAGUGAAAAAAUUGAUGCAGCACUGAGUAAUAACCUUUGCAUAAAUGAACGAGAUUAUAUCAACGAGUCAGACGUACCAGAUGGUUCUGUUCAUUCACAAGACGUUGACCAACCAUGUGGCGUGAAAGAUAAUGAUGCAGAUGGUCAGAGAGAUGAUAAAAAGUCAGGUGGAGAAGUGGACGAUGAUUCAUGGGAAGCACUUUUUGAUGAAAAUGGAGAAUACUGCAAACUUGAAAUUGCCAAAAGACUAGGAGUAUCAAAAGAAAAUGUCCAGAUUGAACAACCGAAGCAUGACUACACCGUUUUUUGUCCUCAAGAUCCAGAUAUGACAGAUGAAAAAUUUGGACACAUUAUAGAGAUUUAUGGGUUUCCUGUAGAACUGAAGACUCAUGACCUAGUGAAUGCUUUUUCAGCCUAUAAAUUGAAAGACUUUGACAUAAAGUGGGUAGAUGACACUCAUGCAUUAGGGGUGUUUGCAAGUCCUUUGGUAGCGUCAGAUGUCCUUACCAUCCACAACCCGCUACUAAAGGUGCGUCCUUUAUCGCAAGCAACAAGGGAAUCAAAACAUAAAGCAUAUAGACUAUCAGAGUUCUUGCAACCCCCAAAACCACGACCAGCUACGUCAGCUGCUCUAGCUCGUCGUCUUGUGUCCGGUGCCUUGGGUUUGAAGGUCCAAGUCUCGAGAGAACAACAAAAACUUGAAAAGGCCAAGUUACAAGAAGCCAAAGAAAGGAAGAGAAAAGCAGCCAAACAACGUGUGGAUGUUUGGGAAGGGAAGGUAGAAUAGAGUGAAUUAUCAGUAUGAAUAAUAACAUAUUAAGGUUUUUAAAAUUGGAAAAUAUUUUGGAUCAAUUCUAAAAUAUCCAGUAAUUUUGUUCUCAAGACGGUUUUGUGAUCUGUAUCAUUCAGGAGACAGAUCCUUUAAAGAAAUGUCAAGAAAAACUAUUUUUUCUGGUGUUUGAAAUUUGUUUACUUGUGCCUAUUUAUCUGUAUAUGAAAAUCAUACAACCUCCCAUUGCCAAAAAUAUUAAUUAUUUUACGUCAAAGUGCAGUCUCAAAUAUUUUGGUCGUAAUUUUUCAAUAAAUGACCCAGAAAAAUGUUUUGUUUCCUUCUGUGAUUUCUUGUUCAAAUAUAUAUGGGAUGAACUUGACAGAAUCAAAAUGUUGGGCCUUGUUGCUUUAUAUUUCAACAUGGACGUGGUUGUUGCUAUGUAAUUUAUUUAAUAGUUUCGUACAUAAAUCUACAUCAGUGUCAAGAAGUAAUGACUAAUGAAGUGGGAGGUGAUUGAAUGUCCCGAAAACUGUUUACGAAAACUGUUUACGUUAUAUAGUAUUUAUAAGUGUAUAUUUGUUUUGUAUGCCUGUUAUAGUGGUCUGAUAGCUACUUGUAAUAUGUUAGUAGUUUCCUUUUUUCUUCUCGUACAGCCCACGUUUGGAAAUUAAGGCGUACUUGAAUGUUAUGUAUGAUGAAAUUUGAUAGAAUUUUUUUUUUUUUUUCAAAGGUGUCAUCCAAAAUUGUGUAUUUUGUACAAUUUAUUGAAGCAUGUUUAUUUUUUAAACAGGAUUAUUUUCUUUUUAAUGUAUUUCAUUUAGUAAAAGCCUUCAGAAAAACUGUUAUUCAUAAACUCUAGAAGUCGUCCACUUAUAUUACUGUUUUAUAUUUUUUACCUUUAAGCAUGGCCUGGGUGUGGCCUAGUGCUGGCAUGUCAGACUGUGAAUCCUCUAAGAGUGAGUGUUGUUGACUUAAUGUCUAGUGUGUCAGUUAAAAAAUUGGGAUGGCUCUUGUAAUGUAGCUUUUUAGGAAUAUUGGAACGAAAACAAACGUUUAUCUGUGUUAUGUCUUUAAUGUGUUUUAUUUUAAUUAAAAAAAGGUUAUGUAAGAAUAAGCUAUCGCCUUAAAGGAGGUUCACAAGUCUCAUAAUAUCUCGUGUCUUUGGGUAAUAACAAUAAUCAAGUGACUUUUAAAUUUGCACCAAUUCACAUCACAAGAAAUUAUUAAAACAACUACCUUUCACUGACUUCAAUACGAGCUUCUUGGUAAUUUUGAUAUUUCUGUGAAGAGUGUAAAAAUAAACUUAUUUGAACCUUCAUAAACUGUCUCGUUUAUAAGUGAAACGUGUUCAUCAGCUUGUGAACUUUUCUUAAAAUAUUUUGUAGACUAUCAUGUUUGACAAAUAAAAAGAAUUUGCUUAA